AUGGCAAAAAGACAUCCUUACCAUGCCGGGAACUAUGCCCCUAUUCACACUACCCUGAAUCUCCGUCCCUGUCCGUCUGAAGGCGCAAUUCCCGAGGAGUUUCUCGGAGGACAGUAUGUGCGCAACGGAAGCAACCCCCUCCAGGUUGAUACCAGCCGAGGCUUCCAUUGGUUCGAUGGUGAUGGAAUGCUCACCGGCGUGUUCUUCGAGCGCAUCGCGCAGGCCCCCGGUGUCCGCCCUACCUUUGUCAAUCAAUACGUCCGCACUGAUGUACAUGACGCUGUUGCACGACAUCCCCGGCUCCAUCAUGUCACCCCUAGCGUGGCUACUCUGAUCAGUCCAAGAUCGUCGGUGUUCCGCGUGCUAAUGGAGGUUGUACGAGCAAUGACUCUAAUCGUUGCCUCGCUCUGGGGUCUCAUCGCUCGGCCCAUCCGGCGGACCAGCACAGCCAACACGAGUGUUGUGCAUCAUGAUGGUCGAGUAUUGGCGACAAACGAGACGGGCCCUCCUAUGCGUGUUUUUCUGCCGUCGCUAAAGACUGUCGGUUGGUUCACUGGUAGUAGAGCGGAAGGAGAGCCUACGGAUGAGAAACCUCGUCCAUACUUUGGCGGACCAGGAGUGGAAGGGUUCUUCAAAGAGAUGACAACGGCUCAUCCCCACGUUGACCCUCAGACACAAGAGAUGUUCCUCUUCCAUGCGACUUUCCUAGCCCCGUUUGUCACUUACUCGAUCAUACCAGCCAAGAGCUCCUUCAACCAGACACUAUGUCUCAGCAAGCCAGUACCAGGAUUCCAGGGAGGCAAGAUCAUGCAUGACUUUGGCGUAUCGCGCAAACACACCGUCAUGAUGGAUAUGCCCGUGUCGUUGGAUCCGUUCAAUCUUCGUCGUAACCGGCCAGUAGUCGAGUACAACUGGCGUGGCCAGACACGCUUUGGGGUGUUCCCACGGUACGAGCCCGAAAAGGUAGAAUGGUACACCACAGCACCCUGCAUGAUCAUGCACACUGUCAACACCUGGGAUGAAGAGACCUUCAAUGGAACGCGGGUUCAUCUGCUUUUGUGCCGGAUGAACAGUGCCGCUCCGCUUUACCAUAUGGGCGGCUUGGAAGCUCCAAACAUAACCAUUCCAGCAAACCCAGAAUGCCGCCUAUACUAUUAUCAGUUUCCUCCAAACAAGGGGAGUCCAAAGCAGAUAACUCAUCAGUGGGCAUUAUCUGCGAUUCCUUUUGAGUUUCCACACGUGCCGCAUCACCUCCAGAUGGCACCGACUCGCUUCGUUUAUGGGAAUUCGAUGCGCAGUGGAGACUUUGCGGAAGCUUGUAUCAGCAACUUCAAGGUUGAAUGCCUAGUGAAAAUUGAUGUGGCGGCUCUGCUUGCGCGAGGCCUCGCCGAUCCUCCGUCGCAGGUGGAUGGUUGUGUGGACAAAAGAUCUGUCGCCGAGGUUCUCACCUCUGAUGAUCCAAAUGAUCCCAUCAGAGUCUUUGCUUUGCCUGAUGGAUGGUAUGCGCAAGAGUGCUCGUUUGUUGCUCGCAAAGACGGUCAGUCCGAGGACGAUGGGUGGCUCGUCACCUACGUGUACGAUGAAUCGCAGCUCGAUGAAAACGGCGUAGCACCCGAGACUUCUCAGAGCGAGCUGUGGAUUAUUGAUGCCUUGGAUAUGAAAGAAGUUGUGGCUCGUGUACUCUUGCCGCAGCGUGUACCGUAUGGGAUGCAUGGUAACUGGUUUCCUGAGGAGCAGAUUUUGGGUCAGCGAGAGGUGGAGCGUUUCCGUAAGUGA